AACAUCAUUCCUAAAUCCUGUAAAACUCUCUUAAACACACCAAAUAUUUAGGCAACCAAAAAUUAUAUAUAUACAUGAUUCUGAGAAUGAAGGAAAAUCUAGCGGUGAAAGUUAACGGCGGCACCACCGCCGGAGAAAUGCAUGCAGCUACAGAGGUAACCGCCGACGUUCAUAUUAUCACCUCCGGUGGAGUACGCAUACCGGCGAAUUCCGCCGUUCUUGCAUCUGCUUCGCCGGUUCUGGAGAGCAUAAUAGAUCGGCCAAGGAAGCACCGGAGCUCCGAUAAAACCAUUUCUAUUCUCGGUGUCCCGGACGACGCCGUUUCCGUGUUCGUCCAGUAUCUAUACUCCUCCAAGUGUAGUGAGGAGCAGAUGGAGAAGUAUGGGAUACAUCUAUUGGCUUUAUCUCAUGUGUAUUUGGUGCCACAGCUGAAGCAGAGGUGUACCAAAGGGUUGGUGGAACGGUUGACUGUAGAGAAUGUGGUGGAUGUGCUUCAGUUGGCAAGGUUGUGCGAUGCGCCUGAUCUUUACCUCAAGUGUAUGAAAAUGCUGUCGAAUAACUUCAAGUCUGUUGAACAGACCGAAGGAUGGAAGUUUCUUCAAAACCAUGAUCCUUGGCUUGAGCUUGACAUUUUACAGUUUAUUGACGAAGCCGAAUUGAGGAAAAAGAGGACUAGAAGGCAUAGACAGGAGCAGAGCUUGUAUUUACAGCUUUGUGAAGCAAUGGAGUGUUUAGAGCAUAUAUGUACAGAAGGGUGCACUAGUGUUGGACCUUAUGACAAGGAGCCUGGGAAAAACAAGGGGCCAUGUAGCAAGUUUUCAACGUGUCAAGGUUUACAGCUUCUGAUUAAACAUUUUGCGACGUGUAAGAGAAGGGUGAAUGGAGGAUGUCUACGAUGCAAAAGAAUGUGGCAACUCCUGAGGUUACACUCCUCAAUUUGUGAACAACCUGAUGUAUGCAGGGUUCCUCUGUGCAGGCAAUUCAAAUUGAAGGAACAGCAAGAGAAGAAAGGUGAAGAUGCGAGAUGGAAAUUACUGGUGAGAAAGGUAAUUUCUGCGAAAGCAUUAUCUUCCUUGUCCCUGCCGAAGAGGAAGAGAGAAGAGGAACCAAGGCUGAACCUAAGCCAUCCUGGCAUGAGAAGCUUUACGCUAUGAGAUAAAAUGUUGAAUAUUCAAAAGAAGGACAAGAGUAUUUAGAUUUGGUCCAGUCCAGAUGGCAAAUAUUGCAAGUGAUGGCGAUUUUGUAAAUUUACCUGCUCAACACCCUUUUCUUUGUUUAGCAGUGAAAAGUGUAAGUAGAUGGGAUGAUCUUUAAUGAUGGGGUCAAAUAUCUCUCCUGUAUGAAAGCUGCUGUCUAUAUGGUUGCGAGUGCCAUUCUGUUCUGGCUUUGUCUUGUUUCAAAUGGAAUCCACCCUUUUCUUUUAA